AUCUUAUUCGGGAUCUGAAAAAUGGCGGGAAACUGAAGUCACGUACUCCUCAGUGAUAACUGUCUGGUGCUGUUCGAGAUAGUCAAAGCCUUUCUAAGCAUUCCGGGAAUGUAGCCGCUUGGAACGAAAAAGGAUACGUGGUGAAAGAAGUGUUUAAUAGGAGAAGCAAAGAGCAUUCAUGCAGUGGUGUUUAAUGUUUUAAUUCUGAAGCCUUUCCCAGUGAUCUACGUAGGAAGUUCGAAUGCAUUGGUGUUCGCAUAGUUAGUGGGAAAAUGUUAAAUUCAAUUACAGCCGGCCAUUGGUUUGCAUCGUCCAGUUGAGCCUCUAGGGAAUACAACAACACAAUGGAUAUAGCCGAGGAUGUUGUGGUUUUUAAUUAAAAAAUCGGCUCUUUUGCACACGCAUGACGUUGUUGCAAGAGAAGUUUAUGGCGAGGAUGCUCUAAGGGUUACACCGCCCCCAAUUGCCCCUUAUCUGAAUGGUGACGACAUCGAUAGUGCGGAUAGUGGUGAGCUGCAGCAUGUAACUCGAGUUCGAUUGGUACAGUUCCAGAAAAAUACCGACGAACCAAUGGGCAUUACACUAAAAAUGUCGGAGGACGGGCGUUGCAUCGUAGCUAGGAUUAUGCAUGGUGGUAUGAUUCACCGUCAGGCCACUCUGCAUGUUGGAGAUGAAAUAAGGGAAAUUAAUGGACAACCAGUGCAACACCAAUCUGUUAGUCAGUUACAACGAAUGUUGCGUGAAGCUCGUGGCUCAGUUACCUUCAAAAUAGUUCCUUCAUACAGGAGUGCUCCACCACCAUGCGAGCUAUUCAGGAUUAGACCCGCUCCAGUUCUAGUUGAACAGAUUUUUGUGCGAGCUCAAUUCGACUAUAAUCCGCUGGAUGACGAGCUUAUUCCUUGUGCUCAAGCUGGAAUUGCAUUCCAGACAGGUGAUAUUUUACAGAUAAUUAGCAAAGACGAUCAUCACUGGUGGCAGGCACGACAUGAUGCUGCUGGCGGCUCUGCCGGACUAAUUCCUUCUCCUGAACUUCAAGAGUGGCGAAUUGCUUGCCAAACAGCUGAUAAGACAAAGCAGGAGCAAGGAGAGUCUGGACCAGGAUGUUCAGCUCAUGCAGAGGGAUGUGAUGGAUCAACAGUCAACUGCUCGAUAUUUGGGCGCAAGAAAAAGCAAUGCCGGGAUAAAUAUUUGGCUAAACAUAAUGCGGUGUUUGACCAAUUGGAUUUAGUUACCUAUGAAGAAGUUGUUAAAGUGCCAGUCGGGGAUCCCAAUUUCAGACGGAAAACUUUAGUAUUAUUAGGCGCACACGGGGUCGGUCGCCGUCAUAUCAAAAAUACACUAAUAGCUAAGUAUCCGGAUAAGUAUGCCUAUCCAAUACCACAUACAACGAGACCUCCUCGACCUGACGAAGAAAACGGUCGCAGCUACUAUUUCGUAUCGCACGAUGAAAUGAUGGCUGAUAUUGCAGCUAAUGAGUAUCUCGAAUAUGGUACUCAUGAGGAUGCAAUGUACGGAACAAAAUUGGAUACAAUACGACGUAUACAUACUGAAGGAAAAGUGGCAAUACUUGACGUUGAGCCGCAAGCUCUGAAAAUUUUACGAACUGCUGAAUUUACUCCUUACGUUGUAUUUAUAGCAGCACCUUCUUUACAAAAUAUAGCGGAUUACGAUGGAAGUUUAGAACGCCUCGCUAAAGAAUCGGAAAUGUUACGACAAGCCUAUGGACACUUUUUCGACUUGACAAUUGUCAACAACGAUAUCGCCGAAACAAUAGCAACCCUAGAGAAUGCAAUCGAAAAGGUGCAAACAACACCCCAAUGGGUACCGGUAUCGUGGUUAUACUGACAAGACAGUGAACUCGAAUGUCCCGACUGUUUGGAAGAAUGUGAUUGUGAUUGUGAUCUAGAAUCACAAUGCGAUCUGAAAUGAAUGGAUAACACAGAAAUUGAAGUCGAAGUGAUAAGUUUUAUCAACAGGAAGCAAAAAAAUAUAUCCUAGCCAAAAAACAAAACAACAGCACAAAAUUUAGUAACAUCCACAAUCAAUUAAAAACUACAGAAACCUAGGAAUACGCAGAAAUAUUCGAUUGGCAUUAUAAAGGAAAAAAAAACGUAUCUAAAGUUCCCAAUUCCACACUUAGGACUUAUUACCACAAUUAUGUACUUUUCAGAGGUUUUUCUUUGAUUUGAUUAGCUGGGAGUGGUGGGGGAGUCUCCCCUACACACCUACGAGAAAAAUAAAUUAUUAGCGAAUUUGUAUUUUGGUAAAGGAAAACACCACUCUUAAUAACAGAAAAUAUAUAUAUUUCGCGAGAAACACCUAUUUAUAUCAAUAAAUUUAAAUACGUAAAAUUCUGAACACUAAUGCUACUGAUACACAUAAAAACACGAUAAAGGAAUUAAAAAUAGCAUCACCUAAAAUUCAGUCUAGUAAAUUCAUUAUUGCAUUUAUUUCAAGUUCUGGAAAGGCGCUAGAAACACACCCCCAUUGAGAAGAAAAAGCAAUGCAUCACUCAAUUGUGAACGGUCAAUCACAUCAUAUACUUCCAUACUAAAGAAAAUUAUAUUAAACUCGUACGUACAUAACACAAAUUUAUACACUACGCAAAACACAUACAUACAGAUACACACAGCCACACACAUACUAACACAGUCACGCAUAAAAGAUGAUAUAUAAAACGAAAUAAACGCAUUCAUUUAAACAAAGAAAAAAAACAAUACAGCAAUGAUUAGAUUGAUAUUCUACUAAAUAAAGAAACAAUGUUAACAUUAAUAUUAAUAUUUAAGGUAAAUAAAUAAUUUUUAAAUAAAAGAAAAACAGAAAAAACCAAUUGAAUUUAAAGUAAAAAAGAGAAAACACUAAUGUUUAAAAAUUAAGAUUUAAUGUAAAAAAAAACAAACAAAUUAUAAAGAAACGAAUUAAAACGUGACAAAAAAAAUGUUUAAAAAAAAAUGUGAGAACAAGAACAGCAACAAUGAAAGGGUAGUAAUCAAGGAAAUUAAAAUAAUUUUUAAAACAUGAUUCAAACAAUACAAGAAUCACAUAAAUAAAUUUGUAAAAAAUGAUGAUCAGCUCAAUGAAUCAAUAAAGAUAAAGAGACGACUUGUUGCUUAGUUGUAUAUUAGUUGUAUAUCAUAGAACAUUCUAAUUGUUUUAUUCCAACAUAUUCCUACGUUUGGUUUUAUGAAAAAUGCAUUCCUAGAAUGUGAGAAUUAUCCAAAACAACAAAAUGUUUAAGUUUGUUUUUAUUAUAGCUGCAAAUUUUAUUUAGUAGUUUUUUAUUUUCGAAAAUUAGAGUGAUAUUUAUUCGGGAUCAUGAUAUCAGGUCAAUUGGGUUGAUGAGUUUAAAAUAAAUGUAUAAUUUCAUGUUCUUCAGGUAAACGAAAUUUAAUAAGCCGAAAAAAAAGCCAAAAAUAUUUUUUAAACUAUCGAGCAAGUCAAUAAUUAAAUUUUAUUUUAUUUAAAGAAAAUGGUGUAUGAGGAAAGCUUUAAAUUAAUCAAUUAAAUUCUAUUUAAUUUGAAAAAAGAAGCGGAAAGGCUACAAAAUAAAAGCAGAACAAUUCGAAUUUUACGGAAAAAUAUUAAAAAAUUGUCACAAGUUAUAUAUUCAUUGAUUUUUAAAAAUAAACUCUUCCAAUGGGAAAUAGA